AUGGUGCCGGAGGAGGGUAAGCUGCUCAGUGAAUCACUGAGCACGGUCAAGAUACAGACCCAGCAGAUGAAGAGGCAUUUAGAGCUUGACCAGCUCAUGGACGCGCUCAAAAGCGCGAGCCUUAUGCUGGCUGAGUUACGCACCUCUUCCCUGUCCCCGAAGCAGUACUAUGAAUUGUAUAUGGCCGUUUUCGAUGCUCUCCGUCACUUAUCCAAUUAUCUAUAUGACGCCCACACCCAGGGUCGUCACCACCUAGCCGAUCUUUACGAGCUCGUGCAAUACGCUGGCAACAUCGUUCCUCGACUCUACUUGAUGAUCACUGUCGGCUCAGUAUACAUGUCCGUCCCCGACGCGCCGGUGAAGGAGAUCAUGAAGGACAUGAUGGAGAUGUCGCGAGGCGUUCUGCACCCUAUCAGGGGAUUAUUCUUGCGACACUAUCUCAGCGGGCAGACGAGAGAUCAUCUACCAGUUGGGACGGAUCCAGGCCCCGGAGGCAACCUCCAGGACUCUAUCUCCUUCGUGCUCACGAACUUCGUCGAGAUGAACAAGCUAUGGGUACGCCUACAACAUCAAGGACAUUCGCGAGACCGCGAGAAGCGUGAGAUGGAGCGCAAGGAGCUCCGUAUACUUGUCGGGACCAACCUCGUCCGUCUCAGUCAGCUUGACGGCGUGGACCUCGAUCUAUACCAGCAAAUGAUCCUGCCAAACGUCCUCCAGCAAGUCGUCAGCUGUAAGGAUGUCAUUGCGCAGGAGUACCUGAUGGAGGUCGUAAUCCAGGUGUUUACCGACGAAUUCCACCUACACACUCUGGGUCCAUUCUUGUCUGCCACAGCCCAGCUGCAUCCCAAGGUCAACAUCAAACAAAUUGUCAUUGCAUUGAUUGACCGCCUUGCCGCCUACGCCGCCCGUGAAGCAGAGAACGAGGACCCCGAGGAGACGAAACGGCAAGAGGAGGCUGCUGCGCGCCGACUUGCGGAGAAGGUCAAGGUUCAGAAAGCCAAGUUGCGGAUGAAUGGUCACACGAACGGCAUGUCAAGUCCUACUUCCGAAACUGUCGCUGCGGAGAGUGCUGCUUGGGGAUCAACGCCGACCAGCCCUGUUGUCGACAAGGAGAAGGAUUUCGAUGCAGCUUCAAGUACAGCACACGGCACAGAGGAAACGGCGGUGGAGGGCGAGAAGCUCGACAAGGGUAAGGAGAAGGAGAAGGAGACGCAUCUGCGAAAGUUCAGGGGUGUACCGGAGGACGUGAAGCUGUUUGAAGUGUUCUGGCAGCAGGUUGUCGAGCUCAUCAAGGCACGGCCAGACCUUUCAAUACAGGAUAUGACUGCUCUUCUAGUGUCCCUGACGAAUCUGUCCCUGAGCUGCUACCCCGAUCGGCUGGAAUACGUGGAUCAAGUGCUUGGUUUCGCCCAUGACAAAAUCAAGGAAUACGCAGACAGUCCUGACUUACACUCACCGCAGACCGUAGCCAAUCUCGCAUCUCUGCUUGCCGCGCCCAUCAACUCCUACCAGUCCGUGCUUACUCUCCUGGCUCUGCAACAAUAUACCCCGCUUCUGGCCGUACAGACCUUACAAACUCGCCGGUCGCUCGCCCAUGCCCUUAUCUCGUCCGUUCUCAAGAACGAGACCAUCAUCGAGACUCCGGAGGAUGUCAACGGAAUCCUGGAGCUAUGUCAUGUUCUCAUUCGGGAUCAAACCGAUGGCACAGGUAUGCUACUGGGCUCGCAAGCGAUACCGAAGGAGCAAAGAAGAGGUGUGUAUCAUCCGGACCGGGAAGAGAUGGCAGAGGAACAGGGCUGGGUGGCGCGAAUGGUGCAUCUGUUCCGGGCGGAGUCGUUGGACGUGCAGUUCGAGCUCCUGCAAACUGCUCGAAGACAUUUCGAGACCGGUGGAGAUCGGAUGCGCUAUACCUACCCAGCCCUUAUCACUGCCGCCGUCAAGCUAUGCAGACGGUAUAAAAAGAGGGAACAUGUGGAGGACGAUUGGCGUAACAAAGCCUCCAACAUCCUCAAGUUUGCGCGACAACUCAUUGCCAUCCUGGCUACUCAGGUCGAGGCACCUUCGAUUGCGCUUAGACUCUUCCUUCUCGCUGCACAGAUCGCCGACGAGUGUGGGUUCGAAGACCUUGCGUACGAUCUAUAUGUGUCCGCGUUCUCUGUCUACGAGGACAGUAUCUCAGAAAGCCGUGCUCAGUUGCAGGCGAUCACCCUUAUCAUUGGGACUCUGCAAGGUGCAAGGGUAUUCAGCGAGGACAACUAUGACACCCUCAUCACCAAGGCGGCUCUGCAUGGCGCUAGGCUGUUGAAGAAGCCGCACCAGGCGACCGCAGUCAACCUCGCCAGUCACCUCUGGUGGCAAGAGGUACCUCCCGACGAGGAGGCUCCUUCGAAGGAUCCAGAACCUUCGGCGCCGACGGAGGAUGGCGCGGAGAACGUCAAGAAAGCGCAUCCUCAUCAGGAUAGCAAGCGUGUUUUGGAGUGCCUCCAGAAAGCGCUCCGUAUCGCAAGCUCGGCAAUCGAAGAGAUCGUCACGGUGCAGCUGUAUUGUGAUACUCUCGAUCAAUACCUGUAUUAUCUCGAUCGUGGUGCACCUGCUGUGACACCGAAAUUCGUCAACAGCUUGGUUGACCUUAUCACCUCUUCGAUCGACAACAUCUCUUCUCCCGACGUCCACCCCUCACAACGUGCGCCACCAGGGCUGCUGGAGGGUGUACAGACACCCGACAUGAUCACCCGCCAUUUCCGCAAUGCGCUCAUAUACAUCCAGACAAAGAAGAGUGCGGGAAGCUCCGAGGGGGGUAGCGCAGCGUCCAGAUGGGAUGAUGUCGACGUAGUAGGUGCUAUGCUCAAGAUGGGAAUCGGUGCGCGGUAG